GUCCAUGUCUCUGCACCAGAAAAGGUGAGACAUCAACCUAUUGCACCCAUCAUCUUCUACGAUGCCGCGAUAAUUAACCGAAACAAUACUUCAAUCUGUCUUGAAGAACCUAAGGUAUUAAUAACCGGAUCAUGCGACUUCUUCGAUUCCUUGGAAAACCCCAAUUCGCAGAUGGCUCAACAAGCAAUGUGUCAAUGAUCAAAGUACAUUGCAAUUACAGUCAGACACUCGGUCCGAAUUGUGUCUGUGUGUCCGGUGAUGAAACCCAACUGACCGCAGAUCUUUUCUGGGCCCGUCUUGGACUGGUGGUGUUCUUACGAUGACUUUCAAGGCCGGCUAACCAUGAACCCGUACCGCAAAAAGGCACUACCAUCACAAUCCAAGACCGUGAGACUUCACCAUACUUUGAGAGGAAGAAGCAGGCUUUCAAAUCGCAUCAUGAAGAAAUUGAUCUUGGAGACGGUGAGAUAAGCGAAGCGGGUCGACGUUCUUGUCAUCCAAAGCUAUGCCAUGUUUCAUAAUCCCACGACGAGCUGUUCGGAGGCAGGUCCUUGCUGCUUUGAGCCGGCUCAAGUAUGUGGACUUCCAAGAUGUGAUUGGGAAAAUAGGAGGAAUUGAAGGAGGGAUCGAAGGAAGAAGGUCCGAGAAAUGGACACCCAAACGAGAAAGGACCUCCUUGCUUCAUCUUCACCAUAUGCGAAUUCUCUUUCGGCAUGAUUAUCAUCAUGACUUACACACAACAUCCGUUCGAGUCCCCCAUCUUUUGGCCAGGAAGCUGGUCGGCAGGUCAAAUCCGUACCAACCCACCUCCAGCAACGUUGGCUCACCAAAAACAAUAAUACUAAGUCAACCUCAAUUCUACAGAGACACAUUUGCCCUUGCCGGUGCGUACACCAGCUGGACUGCAGCCUAACUCCAUCGACCAGUGAAACACACUGAAGAUGUAGAUGUAAGUAUAAACGACGAAUACUCAAAGUACCUGGAAACAAUAGAUUCUGUCGUUUUCCAAGUGUUGGUCCCAUCAUUGCUUCCCCCUCUUGAACCAAUUUUCCGUGCCCAAAACCAUCAUACAAGCCUCUUGUUCCUAAUUAUCAAACUUCCAAACACUGAAGAUAGGAUGCCAGACUCUACGGCCAGUCAAGUGUCGGGCGGGACGAUCAGUCUGGCAGCACCACCCGGGAUGAAGGGUACGGAGUACGAGGCAGUGUGGAAGACUUGAGACGAGCGCUCCGGCGCGAAGGAAGAAAAGGGAGAAAAGAAGUGACCCGUGAGCCCCGUAUCUUUCGAGAAGGCACCGAAGCUCUUCUCGAUACCUCUCUUCUUUGACGACUUUCCGUUUCACAAUUUGCUCGACGUUCUCUUGCCAGAGAUUGGAUACCUGCUUCGAUUCGGCUACUAGUUCUUUGCCGAGAGAGAAUUUUGGCAGUAUAUGAUCCUCGAACUAGAGGAUUGUCGUCAGCCACCGUCGCUGAAGUGGUGAUGACAUAUAUAUUGUGAUGAUGGUGGUGGUUUGUUUUUCCUCACGAAAUUGGGAAGCAAGGGGUGGAUAGAUAGAUGUAUGGACGGACGCGCUACCUGCCUCGUUGGCGUUGAGCCCUCGGCAGAAUUUCUGAGAAGUAGACAGACAAUGGUGCUGGGUAGUCAUCAAAGAAGGCGAUAGGUAUUACGCACAAG